AUGGCAGCUUUGCCGAUAGCUUCACCAGCACUACAGCCAGCAUCAACUGAUGGUCAGCAGAUUGACUGGGCAUCCAAGAUUGCUGAAGUGAUGAGGGAUCAAUUUGGCUUGAAGCCAAAGCUGCAAAAUCUGAUGUACAGAAAUUCAUAUCCAGCUGUGUAUGAUCAACUGCCGUUGCCCCACAAGUACAAGUUUCCAGAUUUCACCAAGUUUUCUGGACAAGGGGUGGUCUCCACAGUGGAACAAAUCAACAGAUUCAUCAUACAAUGUGGUGAAGAAGCUCAGAAUGAUGCGUUGAAAGUGCGUCUAUUCUCUAUGUCUCUCUCUGGAUCGGCUUUUACAUGGUUCACAACGUUGCCAUCCAACUCUAUAAUAUUCUGGGCUGAUUUAGAGAAGCAGUUCCACCAGUUAUUCUACUCUAGUAUAGAGAAGAUGAAGUUGCCCGAUCUGACCAACUUAAGACAGAGGAACGAUGAAUCGGUCACUACCUUCAUUCAGAGGUUCAGAGUUGUCAAGAAUCGGUGCUUUAGUUUGGUUAUGUCUGAUCAGCAGCUUGCAGAAGUUGCUUUCCAAGGACUCUUGCAACACAUCAAGGAGAAGUACGCUUGCCAAGAGUUCUAUAGCAUCAGUCAGAUGGCUCACAGGAUGACAGGGGAGGUCAAACCAUAUGAGCAGAAGAGAAGCAACUUUCAGAAGAAAGUCAAUUUUGUUGACUACUCAGAUGCUUCCGACUCAGAUGAUGACCAGAUGGUGGAAUCGGCCGAAUGGGUUCAAAACAAUAAGAAGCCGAUCGCAUGUCCGUUUGGUAACAAGGAACCUGAGAAAUAUUGGUUUGAUAUUACCAAGGCUGAUAAGAUCUUCGACCUAUUGCUGUCAGAGGGACAGAUUAAGCUGAAGCCGUAUCACAAGAUUUCGACAGAUCAAGUGUUGAAGAACAUCAAGUAUUGCAAGUGGCACAAUGCGACAUCUCAUGAUACAAAUUGA